AUGGUCGAUCGCACGGUCUAUGCGGCUGAUGCCGUGCCUGAGCUCCCGCUGCGGCAAAUCUUGGGGCGUCAGAAGAUCCCCGAAGACCUGUGCAAGCUCGUGGCCGAUUCAGGCCUCAGGAGCGUCGAAACGUUCGCGAUGCUGGGGGACACCAUAGCUAUGGUCAAGCAGACGAUCAAGACUCUGAUACCGGAUCACACCCAGCUCGGAGCCGAUCAACCUGCUCAAGAACUGGCUCUGACCUCACUGGCAGCGGUUUGGAAGACAUGCUCUACUAUGCAGGACCAUUUUGCUGCUCGCAGAGCAAAGAUGGAAGAAGAUCCAUCCAAGGUGCCGGAGAUCCCUGGUGAAGACCAUGCCGAGUUCAGGGAGACGUUCGUCUCCAGGCACCCUGACGUUGUUCUUCCAAUCCAUCGUAAGCCUCACCGCAAGUUCGUUGAGAGAGUCCAAAGAGAUCAUCUUGUCCAUGGUUUUGUUCACUUCUACGAGGUGGGUGAGAUCAGGACACGCAAUGAGCAGAUCGCUCAGAAGUCCGGGCUCUCCAAGAAUGCGGAAGAUCUGCUGCGCGUGGUGACGAUCGACCAGCCCGUGACCGCCAGCUCCGAGAGCCAAGUCAUGGAUAAGCUUCAUGCGUUCUUCAUCACCUUGGAGUACCUCAACAUUUGUGAGUUCUCCUUCAAGGCCGGCCCUCUCAAAUAUUUGGCCGAACUGGAAGAGUGGCGGCAUGAGAACCGCGGCCUUGCUCUGCUCCUGGCAGCGGACUCGCUGAUCAGGAAGAAAGUCCAUCGGGUGAGCUCGGACCAGCGGAAGAGGUUCAGCACCUUCUCUGCAGCCCUCUUGGAAGUGCUCACCAACCACAAACAGUUGUGGAAUGAUGCUCGCUCGAGUGCGGAACUGGACAAGUUCAAGCAGGCGGCGACAUCCGCCCCUACGACACCGCCCAAGAAGCGAGCUCGUUCGACCUCACCACCCUCUCCACCAAGCACAGCCAAGGCCAAGAAGAAUCGCAAUCGGCGUGCCAAAGCAGUUCUAGCAAAGCACUCUGAUCGUGACAAGCCAGACAGCAAGAAGCCGUCUCGUGAUGCUCGCGUGCCCCCGGCAGAGUGGCAGAAAAUCACCUCGUUCAAGUAUGUUCUGGGCCUAGCGAAAGGCAGCAAUGACGGCUCUCUCAGCUCUGCUGAGUGCAGCUCGAGCCCUUCGUCAGUCGAAGGUUCCUUUGCUGGGUCUUGGGCCACAAUUUUGUCACAUUUGCCCUCCUUGCGGAAACAAGGGCGUUUCUUUUUGGAGCUCUUUUCGGGCACUGCAGGGAUCACGGAAGCUGUUCAGCUCACUGGAGUCCCCGUGCUGCCGCCCAUUGACAUUGUGCUCUCCGAAAUGGUCAGAGAAGCUUCAGAUGUGGUCGAUGCUCAAGUGUGGCAGCGUGUGCUGCGGGUUCUGCGCGAAGGGGUGGUGUUCUACCUGCACUGCGGCACGCCUUGCAACACUUUUUCUUCUGCUCGCAAAGAUGACGGAGGUCCACCACCUCUGCGCUCAUUGGAGUACCCCAUGGGAUUGCCGGAUCUGAGUCUUGACAAUUGGUGCUUGGUUCAGCUUGGCAACCUGUUUUUAGGUCAUACUUGUGAGGCUUGUGUCAUUGUUUUCGAUCAUGGUGGGGAUUUUUCUAUCGAAAAUCCUCUUUUGAGCCUGAUGUGGGUCACUUAUUUGAUGGAUAAUUGGAUUUUCCAUGCUCGGGCUCUGGCCAUUGACCUCGAACAAUGCGCUUUUGGGGCUCCCUCUCGCAAGCCCACUCGACUGGAGUGCUCCAACGAACUUUUCGAUCCUUUGGCAAUCACUUGCCCUGGCGGUCAUGGCCACAUCAAGCUCAAGGGCAAGGUCAUCGACCCAGAAACGGGCAAGCGCGUGUUCAAGACCAAAGCAACGCAGGUCUACCCUUGGGCGUUGUGUGCGGCGUUCGCCUCGGUGGUGCAUGCUCUCUGGCAGGAUCCGUUUCAACAUCUUCAGGCGUCCUUUCAGUUGGUUACGCCUGCUUCCGACCGGAAGCGGCAACUGGGAUCCUGCAAGCCGUGGCUGGGCCAUCGACAAAUGAGCUCCGCCCAACGUGCGCAGUGGGCCGGUUAUCAGCUCAAGCGUGGUGCAGCAAAACCGCUCUUGCACAUCGAAAUGGAACCUGGUCAAGCCAUUGAGGCUGCUCUCCAUGUGAUCCAUCCUUUCACUUUGGCGGCUCCUUUGUCAGCCCCUGAAGAGAAAGCCUUAGGUGAGCUCAGGCGACCGGCGCAUGAAGUCGUUCAACAUCGAGGGCAUUUGCUCCGCCGUUGGUCACAGAUCGCAGUCGAAUUGCUGCCACAAUCUGUGCAAGCCAUUCGCCAGUUGCCAGAUGCUCCCUUGAGGCGGCUCCUUCUUGGCGGGGCGGAUCACGAACCACCAGUUCUUGGUCAGGUUUGCCAUGUCGCCUUGUAUGCAGCCAUGCUCGAUGCGUGCCAAUCAGUGGACCGCGCUUUGCCUCAGCUGCUCUUGGAAGGUUUUCCCAUUGUGGGCGAGAUCGCUCGCACAGGCCGUUGGCCAGCCUAUGAUAAGCCUCAGAAGGAUAUCCCCGUUCGGGAAGCGCUUGGUAGGGCCUGGGCAAUCAGACGCAAGAUCAUUCAGCGGGUCGCUCAUGUCCCUGUCACAGAGAACCUUCAAAAAAUUUGGGAGGCCUCACUCGAGGAUGUGCAUGAGUGCUCGUGCUUAGGUCCUUUUUCGCAUGAAGCUCAAGUUUCUGACAUCCUUGGAUGUGAAGAUUGGAUCCCAACCCAGAGAUUUGAAGUCGUUCAAAAGAACAAGGUCAGGGGUUGCGAUAGUGCCACUACAAACAUGAUCAACCAGGUCACAAAGAUCACUGAGAAGCUUCAGCUCCCCUCGACGGACACCAAUGUGGCGGCCCUGAGGAUGUUGAAGUCGAUCAAGCCAGAUGAAGAAUUGGCAGGCUGGGUGCUCGACGAGCGGAAGGCUUACCGACAGGUGGCUAUUUGUCCUGAUCACCGCAAGUUCUCAGUCAUCUGCCUCAAGAACCCCAAGUCUGGUGCUCCAAAUUUCUUUAUUAUGGUCGGCCACUCCUUUGGGCUCGUCUCGGCAGUCUAUAACUACAAUCGCCGUUCGGCUGCUAUCAACGAGUUCCUGGUGUCGUUGUUUGGAUUGGUUGCCUUCAGCUUCUAUGAUGACAAGUACGGGUUCGAGCCGAAGUCCACGGUGGAGAGCGCUCGCCUCGUGGCCGAGAGCGUCCAUUUUUGGCUUGGUGCUCGUUUUGAUCAGAAGAAGCUGCAACUGUCCGAGGCGCCUACGAUUUUGGGAGUCACCUACAACCUAUCGGCCAUGCAGCUGGAGAUCAAAGCCGAUCGCAAAGAGGAGAUCGCCAAUGAGAUUGACGCCAUCCUUACUUCAGGGCUUCUGGAUCCAGGCUCUGCCGGCAAGCUCAAAGGGAAGCUGAUGUUUGGCUCUUCUCAACUUUGGGGAAAAGUCGGUCGUGCUUUUCUGAGAGUUAUUUCUGAGAGGCAGUAUCUGCGUUUUCCUGUAGGUCAUGAGUUUAAACUAGACCCUGCUCUGAAGAAAGCUCUGAAUCAUUGGCGUAGGCUCGUUUUGCAUGGACCACCUAGGCCAAUUGAAACUGUUUCAGAGAAGCUCGUGGAUGCCGUUGUUUUCACUGACGGUUUCACACCAGAUCCGAGAUCGAAUCAGCGCGAGCCUGAUCGCAUUGGCGCUGUUCUUUUUGAUCGUAGGAUAGGUAGGCCUAGACAGUUCACAGCAGUCAUUCCUGAACGAGUCAAGAAACGCUGGCUCCAGCGUGAGACUCAAAUUGUUCCAGUUGAAAUGAUUGCUGCAGUCUUGGCUCUAGAGACUUUUGCCGAUCGACUGCGAGGAGCUGACAUUUUGUUGCUCAUUGACUCUGAAGCAGUCGAAGGCUCCCUUAUCAAGGGAUACUCUAGUCGCGAAGAUCUUUGUGAACUCAUUUCGGUCUUUUGGGACCUUGCUUUUCAGUUGAGGGUUCGAGUGUUUAUCGAUCGAAUUUCAACUGAUGCCAAUCCUGCUGAUUGGCCGUCAAGAGACAAGAUGUUCAUUGGCGAAAGCAUUGGAUGGGAGACGGUUAAUGUCUUGUGGCCGCCGUCGCUCUUUCAGUGA